GAUGAGCGCAGAAUAUUUAGGCGAAAGCGCGAGGAGGGAGGGGAGCGCGGGGCAGGAGGAGUAUCUCGGCCCAGAAAAUUAUGCAUGCGUUAGGGAAGCUCUGAGAGAAUGGCUGUGGAAGCUCUCCACUGCGGUUUGAACCCACGGGGUAUUGAUCACCCUGCCCGUGCUGAAGGUAUUAAACUGCAAAUUGAAGGUGAAGGUGUUGAUUCUCACUCUAUUAAAAACAAAAAUUUCCAGAAGGUGCUUGACCAAAAAGGAACCCCCAAGCGACUGCAGGCAGAAGCCGAGACGGCUAAGUCGGCUACGGUGAAGCUGUCAAAACCAGUGGCUCUGUGGACUCAGCAGGAUGUCUGCAAGUGGUUGAAGAAACAUUGUCCGAAUCAGUAUCAGAUCUACAGUGAGUCAUUCAAACAGCAUGACAUAACUGGGCGAGCCCUGCUGAGACUUACAGACAAAAAGCUUGAGCGAAUGGGGAUUGCCCAGGAGAACCUCCGGCAGCACAUCUUACAACAGGUGCUCCAGCUGAAGGUGCGAGAAGAAGUCAGAAAUCUACAGUUACUCACACAAGCCUCAACCGAGGGUUCUCCAUAAACGCGGUUAGCCUUCCAAGCUGCUGUCCUGCCAGUCGAUAUGAACAUGGCCUGUUCCUCACAGAAAGACUAACUCAUGGCACUGCCAGAAGAUAUCCUUGGAGCAUUGACAGAUUAACCAGAUUAACUGAAAAACCACCCAUUCAGUCAAGAUUAUGGGCUUUGGGAAAUCUUAGUUUGCUGUGGAUUUUUAAAUGUGGUACAUAAUAUACAGUGCCAACUUGCUUCAAGUGGUCAUUGGCAGACCAUUAGCUGGAAAACUGCUUCCGGUUUUCAUCACUGUGCAUAACUCAAGCUCCCUUUGGGGAGCUGACUGUGCCCUUCACUAGAAGUCCCGUUUUAGCAUGGCAACUACUGGAUUAUUUUAUUAUGUGUGCAGACGGCAUGAUGCGUUAGAAAAAAAAUUACGGCAGUUCUGCAAUCUCAGUGGAAGUGUUCACAAUAUUAUGCCCUGGUAGGAAUGUAAACAUGUCUCGAUUGUGUUAGUUAUGACAUCUAAAGGUAUUCUGUCCAGCUCUUAAGCACUUUACAUGAGAACCCCCUAUACCGAAACGAAUCAGCACGUUCAGUACAUGUGAGAAAACAAGUCUUUUUUUCUUUCUUAUAAAUCUUGUCCUAUUUCUGGCUCAGACUGUCCAAGACGAGGCUCCACUCCUAGCAUAUACUCCGUCGUUUGUGGUAGAUUGGUAAAUAUGGCCACAGUACUGUUAGACUUAACCUCUUGACACUUUACUGAACAACUGGAUUUCUUACAGCAGCAAAGGGAGGUAAAGGUGGGCCUGGGGAAUGGUGAUCAUUUAGCUCUAGUUUCCUCUUACCUGGGCACAACUUACCACGAGCACAUACACACACUCAAACACAGGAGGCUUCUAUUUGGCCAAUGUAUGUAAUCUCUCAUUCUAUAGAAGAGUUCUUUCCAAAGAACCAAAAUGGGGGUGUGGCCAUAUUUUAAUCUUAGCCUAGGUGCAUUGAUGGUAAAGACAGCAGAGUGCAGUUUCCCAGGGUGUGGUCUGCCUUUAACACUUUGGAAACCUCUCUACGUCAAGUUCUGAUCACAAUUCUUUGAAGAGAAAAAACAGCAAGUGACCGCCUGCAUGUCUAGAGGAGCAAGAGGUUCCAACCCCACACUAGGUUUCUUCCUCAGAAGAGAACCUCCUAGUCCUUUUUAAUCCUUUCUGGGAUUAUACCCAUGACUAAUUUUUUUGUACUAUGUUUCACAGCAAAGCACUGUCCUGGGAAACCAGUCAACCCAGUUAUUGCUUGUCUUUAGAGAAAUGUCCAUAUUGAUUGACCCUACAUCAUGCUUUAGCAUUUUUUUUGUCCUGAAAAUGUAAAGUUGACUGAAUCAAAAACUCAGCCAAGUAUGUUCUGUGUGCCCACAGUCCCAGCCUGAGACCGGCAGACAUCGGAGACUUUUCUUUCAAUACAUGUAACAACCCUGGGAGCCUGCCAGCACAAGCAAGCUUGGCAGUUCAGAGGGUCACCAGACACACACUCAUUGUCUGUUCUCCCCACACCUUGCCUCCCCUGGGGGUAUCAGGAAAUGCACAGCCCAUUAGAAAACUACCCCACCUGAGAUUUGGAAACUUGACAGGGAAGGAAAGAGAUCCAAAUGUGAUUCGGGUGAGUCACCCAGCAGGAUGACUCACCACAAGCCUGCGGGCUGUAGUGCCAAAGAAGGGGGCUUCCAAGAGGGAACUCAGAGAAGCUCCAGUCGCCACCAAAUCUGGCCCUCUGCUGGGUCAGCAUAGGCACCAUCAGGCCCCAAGCAGACCGUAAUUCUUUACAAAUCCAGAAUUAGGAAGUCAAACCCUGGCUGCCAACACCCCUGGGCACCUCAGUCUCCACUGCCCAUCUCCUGAGGUUCAAUUCCAAUUCCAGAGGCUCCCUCCAAUCUUUUGUUUCUUCCCUUCUUUAUUCAGCAAGUGUUUAUUGAGCAUCUGCUAUGUGCCAAGCAUUAAGCUGGGGUAACAACAGUGUACAAGGUAGUCUCUCCUUGCCCUUAUGAUAUCUCCUCCUCCCAAACACUACCCCACCCCACCUUUUCCACAAUGCAAACUGAAUUCAGACAGCAUUCAUCCCCUGCCAGAGCAACGUGGGGAAAUGGGCAUGCACAGUUCCCUUGCCCGAGGAAGUGGACAGCGUCAGGCCAUGUAUUUGCGCCCGUCAUGUACAGCCAACCCUCCCAGCACCCAGAUUUAGCUGGUAGGAGCUCCCCAAAGCAACUUUCAGUUGCUUGAUAGCCACCCUGGUCACCUAUAUUCCCAUCUUUUAUGCAGAAACAGCAAUUCAUCAUCAUGCUGGAUUCUCUGAAGCCCCAAUUCUAUAACUAGUCCCAGGGACACAAAAUCGGGCCUGAUGAAUUCGAAAGAACUACUACCAGGUGCUGAGAUAUUAUCUGGGAAUGAGUUGGUUUAGCCAGGGACAUUCUGAGAACAACUGUUAACACCCUUGGAAAACUGGACAUGCUUUGUGGUGCAGAUAGAUGCUCAUUAAAUGGUGGUGGUUCAUCCUUACUGACUUUGGCUUUUGCAAAAUAUGUUACAAACCAUUAAAUAAGUAGAGUUUCCUAGCUUUUUUUUUUGAGUCAAAAGUGUGCUGGGCAAUUAUUUAAAGAUGAUGGGUAAAGAUGGAGAUAGGAAAGGGCAAAGACGGAGACAAUGAAAGAGCCCCACUGAAGAUGGCUUCUCUAAAAAUGCCUUAAUUCCUGGCACGUACCACAUAUUUGCAUAUGAACUACUGUUUUCCAAACUGUCGACCUCUGUUUGAAAUCAUCUGGAGGCAUAGUUUUGGAAACGUGGUGGCAUAAAAUCUGAGCAGUCAUGAGCUAAACCAACAAAAUGGAGAAACAGUUUCCUUCACAGCCUUGGGAUUCUUUGUUCUGUGUUGACCCACAGUGACCCAUGGUUAUUUCCUGCUGUGCUGAACCUUCUUGCCAAGAUGUGUGUAGGACAUUUUACUCCCAGAACCUCAGAGAUGGCUGUGGUGAAUUUUGUUUAGUAGGAAGCAGGAGAUGGGGAGGUAAGGGAUAAAUGCUUUGAUGUCUAAGGGCUGUAAACAGUUGAUGCAUUUAUUUUUCCUUUUACUUGAACCUGUGCUGAAUCUUUUUAUUAAAAGGCUGGGCCCCUCACUUGCACAGGAAAGGCAGUCUUGGGAAGGAACAGAAACGAAUAAUUAUUAGACUCUCUGGGUUGCCAAGGGGAUAAGUUUGUUCCAGCUCCAGAAGUGAAUUUAAAUACUCAGAGCAUCGGUGGUUCUGCUAGGGUAAAAAUCAAAUCACUUGAGUAGUUUUAAGACAUACCUAGGGGGACAGAGACCCUAUCAGCUUUCUUGUGGGUAAUGGCGUCUUCAAUUCCCUGCUCAGGCUCUGUGAGGUGUGUAACCGCAGCGUCGAUUCCACCUCCCGAUUACUGGGAAGUAACCCGGGUCCCCUCCAGGGUCACUUCUCAGUUGCCCAAAGGCUAAUAGUCCUUCAUUCUGAGGGAAUUCUGCCUCAUUUUUAAACUUCAAGGGGAAAAGGAAUUAUCAACCUGACGUGAGAAUAUAAACGGAGCAUUAAAACCUCUAAUGGAUGUACCCCCUUGUUACUUGCAAAUGCUUUCUCUGUCUGCAAAUGUCACAUAAUUGAUUUUGGAUAGGAACAGUAAACGUCUCCCGGAAGAAAAGUUUUCAAGACCCCCUUAGCACUUUCGUUUCCUCAAAACUUCCUCUUCCAGUGCAUCAGCAGCUUCAUUCUUUGAGAUAUUUUCCUCUACGUUCUUUAGAGUAAUUUUGUUACUUGACAACUAGACCUAAAGCUGCCGUCGUCUCUUUUUAAAAACCUCACCUUUGAAAAUGACAUCAGUUCCUUUCUGCCUUAAAGGCUGUUUUUAUUCAGCUCUCCCACAACCCCUUCCGCUUUACUUACUUUCUUGCGUUGUUUUGUAUUCUUUUUUCUUUUAAUCUCUCUCUUCUUUUCACAUAGUUCCUUGGGUGGGUUUCAAGUAUUCUAUAAAGAACUCAAACAGCGAAACAUAGUGUGAUCACCUUUUUUCCCCAGGACUGACUGAGAAUUCCUUCUUAAGUUUGAUCUUGGGGAAAGCCUGGUGCCCAGACAACGCUGGGACAGGGAUUGUCAUCUCCAGGGGGUGGCCGGUCAGUGCCGCUAAUCAAAACAAGGGGCAUGAGAUCGUGAGGGAGGACAGCCCAGGAGAUGCAGCUGCUCAGGGCACAGCUGGGGACUCGGUUUCAAAGACAAGUGGGUCCUGCCCCUUGGUCUCCUUAGAUGUACAUCUAAUCCUGUAGCCAGAGAGCGAUCUUAUGAAUUCUGCUCUGUCAGUGUGGAUGAUUCCUGGCUCCACAACACAGCUUCAAGGUCAGGGAGCUGCGUUUCCAUUAUUUUGCUCUGGUGACGUAACUCUAGUAAGGAGACAGGGAGCCUUCUUUUGAAGGCGAACCACCUGUGGGAAGCUUGAGGAAAACUUAGCCAAGUGCACAAGGAGGUUACACCAGCCCUCAAUAAAAAGAACAAAAUAGAGCCUUCCCUGGAGAUUCUCAUUUGGGAGGAUGGCUAGGAGGAUGGUAUUCUGGUUUUCUUCUGCCUAUCAUCUUGGCCCUGCAGGGAAAAUUCUGGGCAAGUGGGGCAAGCACUACGAUCUAACAUUUUUAGAGUGAAAAUUGGCCCGUGACAAAUAUAGAGGAGAAGUGCCGUUGAGUAUGGGGCUAGUUUUAGACCUCUUGUUCAGCAGCACUGACUGAGAAAUUACUUCCACAGCACAGCAGAAAAGGGGUAUAGAAGGCCUUGUAAAUCUGAAGCUUCCGUUCCACGUAGGGCUGUCUUAAAACCUUGCAGAGCUCCAAGCAUUCUUACUUCAGAGCCUCCUUCCGCAAUUAUAUCAAGCACUCAAAGGCACCAACAACAUACACCUCAUAAAAUUUCGAGGUAACCAUGACUUGCAUUGAAUUGUAGGUGACUGGUUGACAUUGUUACAGAUACUUACACAUUAAUUCUGAUUAUACAAUAUCCUUUUCAUAUUUGGGAGCCAAUGGUUCAGGGGUUUCAUUGUUUCAUUGCUUGUUUUGUUGUUGUUGUUUUCCAAACCUCAAACAUUUACAGAAGCCUUAGAAAGGCUCUUAAACCCAGGCCUUUUUGCCUGAAGUGCAGUGAUAGAAACAGCCCUCUGACAUAAACAAGGAGACUGUUAAAUUAAGCCAACGUAGGAGAUACUAACACCUGAAAUCUUUAAGGCACCGAAGACCCUGCUGGUUGCCUUCUGCAUUGUUUAUAGCCUUCUAAAUUUCAAUCAUUUGGAUCAAAGGAAAUAAACAGGCUGCUUUCACGUGGCCCUGGCACAUCAGCACACACACAGCUACUACACGUGGAAUUCUAAGCUGGGUUGACGUGCCAAAGCACACAGACCUGUUUCGUGUGGUCAUAUCUAUUCACCACCACCGACCCCCAUUUUCUCUGAAAAUGUACUCAAAUGCUUUACUCCAAGAAAAUUCUAAAAUGAGACUCUUAUUAUUUAGAUCAUUACUUCUCUCAGGGUGGGGUAACUGAUUUUGUGACAUAACCUUGAAGAAAAAUCACUGGCCAUUAAAUGCCUUGAUGUUCCAUUCCACGAGCUGACAUUGGUCUUCUCCCAUCUCCCCAGAGGUCAGCCUGGCCUCCCUCUCAAAUAGCACAAACGUCAUAAAGACACCUUCUGAAGCUCUGAAUAGACUCCCUAUUCAAGCAUAAUUCCAAAAAUGUGAUUUGAAUUGAGUACCACCUUGGUCCUUGAUGAUAUGAUUCCCUACAUCAAUUCUAAUUCUUUAUAUGUAUUUUCAGUAUUUUUUUUUAGCACAAUCAACCGCAUUUAUGUGUUUGCAUUGGGAGCUACCCGCUAACUCUGUUGCAGCUUUUGACAAUGCCUAUACCUAGUUCCCAUUUGAUGCAUUUGAGAGGAGACCAAAAAUGUUUCCCUGCAUACCAGCUGCAGAGGUUUUGAAGUACGUAACCAGGUUCACUUUCACAUCAAAAGGCCCCUGUUUAUAGGUGGAAAAUUUAAAGAGAAAUUGGGGGGCAGGGGGAGUAUUCAUAUUUGAACACUGGAACCUUUGUCAUUUUCAUUAUAAUUCCACUCUCACCUCACAUCACCCUUCUCUUUCUAGAAGCAGUAGCCUCUUCAGUGAGUGUUGACCCCCACUUGGGGUAGUCAGGAUUCCACUUGCUUAAAUUCAGUCAAAGGAAAUUGGAAGCCUCUCUGGGGCUCUGAAUGAUUCCUCCACCACUACAUUUCCUUCACCAGUAGAAAAAUGCUAUCCUUACAAGGCCAUGUUUGAGGAGACCUCUGUUUAGCUGGUGAAAGUUCACAUUACAGAGAGCUGAAUAAUGCCAGGUUCUUGACUUUGCCCUGUAAGUCUCAGUUGUGAUUGGCACGGAAACAACUAGUCUGCUGAAAAGCCAAGCCAGCACAAAUGUUUUGAAAUGGAUUCCACUAAAACUCCUGUGUCACUACAUCCAACUUGCUGUAGGUCCAGUUAAUCCAACUAUUUAAUAUCAUUAGGCACCAAAUUAAAUAGUUGUACACAAAAUUUUAGAAAAGGUCAAUAUCGUAACACAAUUGCAUAUUAGCAGUCAAAAGUACUUGAGAAAAGAAAAUAUUGAUCUGUUGUGGUUUCUGUACUUGAGUUAUUCUUAGGGCUCUGUGGAGACUGGCACUGCUCUGAUAAAGGGGAAGAUGUUUUGAAUUCAAGAAUACUUGAACUCAAGAGAAAUUGCCCAUCUCUCUGGCCUCUGCUCAUCCGUUUGGGAUGCUACCUGUUCCAUCUUAGCAGACAGGGUUGUUUGGAGGCCAAAACGAGCUAAGCGGAGAAGCUGUCCUGUACCACCAAUAUCUGCGUAUUCAUCAUGGUGAGCAGGGAUGUGGGCUUUUAUCAGUGAGUCCUUCCCCUUAUUUUAUGCCUUUCCCUAUAGCUAUUAUUACUGAGAGUCCAUGCUGGUAUUUUAAAAAGUAAAAUGAUAAAGUAUCAAUCAACCUUUUUUGGGGGGUACAAAAUUACUUUAUUUGAAGGAAUGAUGCUAAGGAAGGAACUUAAGUAGAUGUUUUUGUACAACUUAUAGAAAAGGUGAAGGUAACCCAAACACUUCAUAUGUACACACAAUACCUGGGGGCUGGUCUGAAGAGCCCAUGAUUAGGGUGUCCAUUUAUCUCCACCUUCCAAAGGUUUAGAGCACUGUGACCAAGCUGAUAGAGAGAGGUUUGGGCUGGGCUUAGUGCAGGUGAAGAUUGCCAAUCCCCGGGUUGAAGAAGACCAAUGAAGUUGACAAAUUGAGGGUCACAGAAAGCAGAGAGCCACAUUGAACUUCCUUUAUGAGCUUCUGUACAUUGGUCUUUGUGCUAGAAAGAGGAAGAAAAAUCACACAGUGUGAAUUGAAUAUAAAACCAGUGCUCUUGAUUGCAUACGAGGGGAAAAAAUCUGACCAAGAAAGAAAAGGGUUCACUGUUUUACAAACACUAACAAACAUGGCUAUAAAAGCACAUUUCAUAACACAAAAGCCUAUGUAGAGGGUAGACAUUUUUAUAGCUUCCUUAAGUGAGUAGUUAAACCAGCAGUCUGAAUUCUCUUAGUCCCCUAACAGUGGUUAAUUAAAUAAGUAUUUUCCUUAUUCAUUGCCCACAACUGUGGUUUUUUUCUCUAUGCACCCCAGAAAAAUUCCCAAGACUUAAGGAGGACACAAGCUGGUUAUGUAGUAAAAUAAGAGUGCCUUUUCUGUUGGAUGUCCAUUUUAGUUCCCUGUUUUCCCAGGGCAUACAAUGUUUAGAAACUUUUUUCUCUAAACAUAAGAAUUAUUGUACACCACUAUUUUGAACUACCAAUUUCCAUAUCUUAAGCAGCUAUCAACUUGCCAAUUCCCUUUGUGUCUCCUUUACAUUUUCUUUUAAUGUUUCCUUGCGUUUUGGGUUGUGCUCAAAAAGACUUUUGGGGGAGGGGCAUGAUUCUUUUUAAAUUGAUAGAAAUGAAACUGUACAGAUUUUUGCCCCCUUGUAUCUGUGAGCAUGAUCUCUAUCAGUCUUGAAAAUCUGCUUUAUCAUUUUGUAUAUUUGACUAUUUUGUAUUCAGCAUUACUUGAUUCCUUACAUGCAUGGCAAUGUAUUAAAAUGUGGGAUUUCUA